GUAAAGAUGUGCAAGUCGUUUAUGAUCAGAUACGUCAAAUACAAUCUCCUGAAGCAGACAUUAGACGUAAAGUUGAUGCAUGCACGUCACUCUCCGGAUUUAUAGUCAACAGAGCUAAGAAAUGGCUUGCAGGAGACAUUGAGGAUGACGAAGAAUCGUGGCUAGAUGUCGGAUCAUGCUUAGGAUCUGAAAGUUCUAAAUCAAGGUCAAAAUCACGAAGGUCCAAAAGUAGUUCAGGACAAUCCUGCUCACAAAUAAUAAAAAGAAUGGAAGCUGAAGCUGAAGCAGCUGCAUCUCAAGAAAUACUAGCAGUAAUGGACGAGCAGGAAAGGGAAACAGCUGAACUGCAAAAAUUGGAACUUGAGAACUUUGCAAGGCAACAAGCAAUGGAAGAGCAGCGUAGAAAGAUCGACCGCUUGGAAGAAGUUAAGAAAAUGAAUGCUGCCAAAGCUCGCGUAAAGGUUUACAAUGAAGUUGAAAGUACUGCUGAAAGUCGAAGUUUGUUAUACAGUAUUAAAGCAGCAAGUGAAACCCAAGCAAUCCCUAUCACACCAAGCACUCCCUUUCAAGCUAUAAACACAACCCAAGUAUUUCAUGCUACAAGCCAUGCGUUUGCUCCACACAUUCAACAAACUCCUAGUAUACAAGCAAAGGCCACAAGUCAAACACUCAAAGCAUCAAGUCCACCAUUCAUCCCUCAAGCCACACAAGUUCAAACGGUUGUAACGCAACCACAGGCAAAUUCUGAUCUAGUUGGCAUACUAGCAGAAGCAAUAAGUGCAAAUCGACUUCCAACUCCAGAACCUGCAUUGUUCACUGGAGACCCACUGAAGUUCAAAGACUGGCAGUUGUCAUUUGAAAUAUUAAUUGAAAGAAAGAACAUUCCCAAGAAUGAGAAACUUUACUAUCUCAGGAAGUAUCUCGGUGGAUCUGCAAAAAGAGCAGUAGAAGGAUUCCUCCUAGUAGGAACAGAUGAAGCGUACGACUGAGCUUGGAAAGUGCUGGGAAAGCGUUUUGGAGAUCUGUUCACCAUAGGAAAAUGCUUCAGAGACAAGCUUCAUGGUUGGCCGAAAAUAAGCUACAAAGAUGGAAGUGAGUUAAGGGAAUUUGCUGACUUUCUUGGAAGUUGUGAAGCUGCGAUACCACACAUAAAGGUAUUAGAAGUUCUCAAUGAUUGUAUGGAAAUUCAGAGACUCUUGUUGAAACUUCCAGAUUGGUUGACUACAAGGUGGAACCGCGCAGCCAUGAAAAUAAGACGAACAAAUAAUGGAGAGUAUCCAUCUUUCCGCACAUUUGUAGAGUUUGUGACUAUGGAAGCUGACUUAGCGUGUGAUCCCAUAGCCUCAAUGCAAGCACUCAAAGGUUUGGACACAAGUAAACCUAAACAUUCACACAGUCAAGUCAUUCAAGCAAAAACGCUUACUACAAACUCAAGUCACUCAACAAGCUCAGGUCACACAAAUACUGUAACCUGUCUCUUCUGCAAAAGGAAUGGCCACACGCUUGAUAAAUGUUUCAAGUUCACGGAAAAAAUGGUUCAAGAUCGUAUCAAGUUUGCACAGACAGAAAAGCUGUGUUUUGGAUGUUUAAAGACUGGACAUCAUUCAAAGAAGUGCGAUAAAAGGAGCACAUGUGAGAAAUGUCAAAGGAGACAUCCUACAUGUCUGCAUGACGACAAUUUCAUGGAACGUAAAAAGGCAACACCUGCAAACAGUGAGGAUAACUCUCAAGACAAAGUAGACACUAAAGUCACAAAGGAUGAAGACAAAUCUACCGCAAUAUCUAACAGGGUAACUCAAGACACCUCAAGCAUGUUGACAUCCUCUAUACUACCUGUCUGGGUCUCAUCCACAAACCACCCAGAGAAAGAAGUUCCAGUGUAUGCGCUUCUUGACUCACAAAGCGAUACAUCUUUCAUCUUGGAUGAAGUAGCUCAAGAUCUCAACACAGAUAAAAGCAAAGCCAGUCUGCGGCUAUCUACUAUGUCCGCCAAGUCAACAGUUAUACCAUGUGAGAAGCUGGUAAACCUUCAAGUCAGAGGAUAUAAGUGGAAAAAGAAAAUCAUAUUACCACCAGUCUUUACUAGAGAGUUUAUCCCAGUUAACAGGUCACAUAUCCCGACGUCUGAAAUCGCUUUGAAGUGGCCUCAUCUGGAAAAGCUAGCAGAUAAGUUACCACCAAUGCUCGAAUGUGAAGUUGGUCUGCUUAUCGGCUAUAACUGUCAACAAGCCCUUCUACCAAGAGAAGUUCUUGCAGGCAAAGAAAACCAACCCUACGCACAGCUAACCGAUCUCGGCUGGAGCAUAGUUGGUUGCUCGUCUCAAGUCCACAAUCACAAUGAUGCCAUCGGCACAAGUCACAGAAUCAUUGUGCGUGAAGUAACUCCUGCGUCACAACCAGCAGUUGAACUCAAACAUCUCGCAUCUCAAGGUAAAGACAAGUUCAGCAAAGAGACUGUCAAGUUCAUCCAAAGAGGUUUUUACGUUGAUGAUGGACUUGCUAGUGUAACGUCAACAGCCGAAGCCAUAAAACUGGUCGAAGAGUCAAGAGCACUUUGUAAGACAGGCAAACUCCAUUUGCAUAAGUUUGUGUCAAACAAUAAAGAAGUGCUCGAAGCAAUUCCCCAAGAAGAACAAGCUCAAGCCAAAGACCAAGACCUGGCUCUUGGAGAACCCCACGUUGAACGCGCACUCGGAGUACAAUGGUGUAUCGAGGCAGAUGAAUUCCAAUUCAGAGUCCAAGUCAAAGACAACCCGUUGACAAGGAGAGGGGUGCUCUCGACAGUUGCAUCAGUCUAUGACCCCCUUGGGUUUGUCGCCCCAUUCAUACUGAUUGGAAAGCAAAUACUCCAAACGUUGUGCAAAGACAAAGUAAAUUGGGACGACGAUCUCCCAGACCACAUUCUACCACGGUGGGAAGCAUGGUUGAGAGACCUGCCCAAUCUGGCAGCUCUGAAGAUCCCACGAAGCUACUCACAAGACAUCAAUGUUGUACAGUACGAGUUACAUAACUUCUCAGAUGCAAGCCUCGAAGGUUAUGGCGCAUGUUCAUACCUCAGAACAAUAAGUAAAGAAGGAAGAAUCAGUUGUUCACUAGUCAUGGGUAAAGCGAGAGUUACACCGACUAAACAAACGACCAUCCCAAGAUUUGAACUAUCAUCAGCCGUGACUUCAGUCCGCAACGCAGAUGUAAUCAAGCGAGAACUGGAAAUUGAAAAUCUCAAGGAAUAUUAUUGGUCAGAUUCACAAGUCGUAUUGGCAUACAUAUCCAACGAGGCAAAAAGAUUUCACACAUUCGUCGCCAAUCGAAUCCAACGAAUAAGACAAAGCACAAGUCCUGAAAAAUGGCAGCACGUCAGCUCAGAAAACAAUCCUGCUGAUCAUGCCUCAAGAGGUUUAAGCGCAACUCAGCUGAAAGAAUCAAACUGGUUAAAAGGCCCAGAUUUCCUUUGGAAACAAGAUCUUCCAGUCAAUAAGGAAAUGGUAGGAGAGAUCGAAGAAACGGAUCCCGAACUCCGUAAAGGUCACACGCACACAACACAGUCAAAGGAAGCAAACCCAGUGCUAGAGCAUUUACAGAAAUUUUCCGAUUGGUCAAGAGCAAUAAAGGCCAUUGCCAGACUCAAGAGAUUCAUCAAAGAAUAUAAAGGUAUCCAACAAAGAACAAACAAAGUCACAGAUCUUGAAGAGAGUAAAGAUGCAGAAGUGUUCACCAUCAAGCUAGUGCAAAGAGAAGCUUUCCCUGAGGAAAUAAAGAAAAUCAGAUCUCAAAAGGAAAAUUCUCUACACAAGCACAACAGACUAAUACAGUUGAACGCUUUCUUGGACAAGUCAGAUGUUCUCAGGGUGGGAGGAAGAUUAUCCCAAUCAGCCUUACAUCAUGAUGUGAAACACCCGCAAUUCUUCCCAAAGAAUCUCACGUGUCAGCCCUACUCGUCAAACAUUACCAUGAACGUGUACAUCACCAAGGAAGAGGCAUGACUACAAAUGAAUUGCGUGCAAAUGGAAUAUGGAUCUUAGGAUGUGGAAAUGUUGUUUCAUCGCACAUCUACCGCUGUGUUAAGUGCAGAAAAUACAGAAAAGCUGCAAAUGUCCAACAGAUGGCAGAUUUGCCAGAAGUGAGAACAGAAACAGCGCCACCUUUUACCUACUGUGGCAUCGACUGUUUUGGCCCAUUCAUAGUAAAGGAUGGAAGAAAAGAAGUCAAAAGAUAUGGAUUAUUGUUCACAUGCUUAUGUUCGCGAGCUGUGCACAUUGAAACACUCGACGACUUAUCGACAGAUGCUUUCAUGAAUGCCCUUCGAACUCUGAUCGCCAUAAGAGGUCCUGUCCGACAAUUAAGGUGCAACCAAGGGACAAACUUUAUGGGUGCUAGGAGAGAGUUUUUGGAGUUAAUGAAAGACAUGGAUCAAGAACCGCAAAGAGUCAUUGGUUGCGAAUUUGUGAUGAACGUUCCAUCAGCAAGCCACAUGGGAGGUGUCUGGGAACGCCAAAUUCGAACAGUGCGAAGCAUACUAACAGCAAUGCUUGACAAGUCCUCAAACAGACUCGAUACAUCUAGUCUAAAAACACUACUUUACGAGACAAUGGCAAUCAUCAACAGUAGACCCUUAAGUGUUGAAUAUCUAAAUGAUCCCACGGGUCCAGAACCACUAACUCCCAAUCACAUAUUAACGAUGAAAUCUUCAGUUAUUCUUCCCCCUCCAGGACAGUUUUGCAAGGAUGAUUUGUACUUGAACAAAAGAUGGAAAAAGGUGCAAUUUCUAGCAAAUGAAUUUUGGCAAAGAUGGAGGCGAGAAUAUUUGUUGAAUCUCCAACAGCGACAGAAAUGGCAGAAAGUUUCAAGAAACCUGCAAGUAAAUGAUAUUGUGGUCAUACAGGAUGACAACGCUCCAAGAUGUAAAUGGAAACUAGCUCGAGUGAUAGAAACUUUGGAAAGCCCAGACGGCAAAGUUCAAAAGGUGAAGUUGAAGACCAGUGAAACCACUUUUGACAAAGGGAAACCACUGACGAGACUGAUAUAUCUAGAAAGACCUAUUCACAAAGUCGUGACCCUACUUGAGACUGACUUACGCAGUAAAACAGAGUCUAACCAGGAUACUUCUUAGAAAAUCACAUUGAGAGACAAUGAGUGAUUUUGGUGGGAGUGUAAGUGUUGUUGAAACUUACACUUAAUAUUUUUGUUUUAAGGGUUAAUAUUUUUUGUUGAAAAUUAUUAUGGUUGUGAAUUCAUGUUAAAUUUUUUGUAAAUAAGACACAUUUUGUUUACUAUAAAAAGGGCAAUUUAUUUCCUAUGUUACACCGCUAUUCUCGCGAGGUUUGGUUUACUAUUAGAGACUGCGAGACCUGCAUUCGCCCAGACAUGAAAAAGACUUUGAGCGAGCCAUCAGCAGCAGCAAGAACAUUUCGCUAGCUGAACAAGUGUGAACGGUGGAGAGGUCCUCGAGAGGUGAUCUUGGGAUCACUUCCUGAAAAGACACGUUGCUCACAGCCUCUCUUCUGGCCCCUGGAGAGAGCUUGGUGUGAAUGAUGUCCAGGGCCUAACAAAGCAAGGGUGCUCCAACAACUGUGGUGUGUUUGUUUUGAUGAAAACAUGCUGCAAAUUAGGAGAUGGUGGUGUCUCGCUCUCCUGCAGAACUUCCCCAUGCCGUCUGAAGAAGACCGAUUGCAGGACAGAAAACGGCGACGAGUGCAAGGAGGGCUACAGGUGAGAGGUCAUGUGAUUAAUUAGUCUUGUAGUCAACUAUUGCUAGACUAAAGCAUAAUUCCUCCACUUAUUUCAAUUACCUUAGUUUUACAUCUUGCAUUGUUAUUGUGCCUAUAAGAACCGCAAUCUGUUUCCUUUCUAGACAGUGGAAAAUUAACAGAACUGGAAACAAGGAACAGGGUUGCUUGUUAUGGGCCAGAAAAAUACCUUGAUACUUGCCAUUGUUAAACAUUUAUGGAAGCUUAAGGAAUGUAUUUGGCUAGGCUACAACAUUUUUUUUUUCUUUACAGAUCAAACAUUUUUAACCUGGGGUGAAACAUAAAAUCAAUGAUGCAAAGUCUUCUAUCUUUGGUUUAUUUGACUUAGCUAAUA